AUGCUCCGUACCGCCGUCGACUCUGUUGUCGUUGGAGGUGGUCCAUCGGGCCUCGCCGUCCUCGGCCACCUCCUCGAGCGCGGUGCCUCCAAGCACCUCUGGAUCGAUCCUCUCUUUCGCGCUGGCCGCGUCAACGCUUGCUACCGCCAAGUCCCCAGCAACACCAAGGUUGAAUUGUUUGUCAAGUUUGCUACCGCUCUCGCGCCAUUCCGACGCAUUGUCGAAAACGCACCGGUGCCUAAUGCCUUCACAACGCUGAACAAUCUGCCUCAGGAUCAAGGCUGCGUGCUGGGCAAGGCUGCAGACUUAUGCUUAAUGCUUACAAACGGCUUGAGGGUCCGCGAUGACGUGCACAGCCAUCAGGGGCGAGUAACCUCUGCCAAUCUCGACAAGUGCUCCAAUCUCUGGACCGUCACAUUGGACGGCAAGGAGAGUAUAGUAUCCAUCUAG